GACAUCAAAAGAGAGAGACACCCUGCACUAUUCUCUGCCUUACUACUCCCAAAGCUCAAGAGCCAAAACACAUGCUCUCUCCCACUUUUCAAGUCACUCCUCAUCAUCACGACCACCACCACCACCACCACCACCACCAUCUCCUCCUCCUCCUCCCUCUUCAGCUCCUCUUCCAAACCCAUUCUGCAGACCCCCUCCAUUGAUCUCUCAGUCAAUCUCCGGGUGACAAACUGAGCAGCAGAGAUGAUCACGCCGGUCGACUUCUACCACGUGAUGACCGCCAUGGUCCCGCUCUACGUGGCCAUGAUCCUGGCCUACGGCUCGGUCAAGUGGUGGAAGAUCUUCACCCCUGACCAGUGCUCCGGGAUCAACCGGUUCGUGGCCUUGUUCGCGGUCCCUCUCCUCUCCUUCCACUUCAUCUCCCUCAACGACCCUUACACCAUGAACUUCAAGUUCAUAGCGGCCGACACGCUGCAGAAAGUCAUCGUCUUGGCGGUCCUCUUCGUGUGGGCUAAGGUGAGCAAGAGGGGCUCGUUGGAGUGGACCAUCACGCUGUUCUCCCUGUCGACUCUGCCCAACACGCUGGUCAUGGGCAUUCCUUUGCUCAAGGGCAUGUAUGGGGACUUCUCCGGGAGCCUCAUGGUCCAGAUUGUGGUGCUUCAGUGCAUCAUCUGGUACACCCUGAUGCUCUUCAUGUUCGAGUUCCGAGGUGCAAGGAUGCUCAUCUCCGAGCAGUUCCCGGACACGGCGGGGUCGAUAGUUUCGAUCCAUGUCGACUCCGACAUCAUGUCGUUGGACGGAAGACAGCCCUUGGAGACGGAGGCCGAGGUCAAGGAAGACGGGAAGCUCCAUGUGACAGUGAGGAGGUCCAAUGCUUCGAGGUCAGACAUCUUCUCAAGGAGGUCCCAAGGCCUGUCCUCGACCACCCCUAGGCCAUCGAACCUGACCAAUGCAGAGAUUUACUCGCUCCAGUCCUCGAGGAACCCCACCCCAAGAGGGUCCAGCUUCAACCACACCGACUUCUACUCCAUGAUGGCCGGCCAACGGAGCUCCAACUUUGGCUCGGCCGAUGUCUAUGGGCUCUCGGCCUCGCGCGGCCCCACGCCGAGGCCAUCAAAUUACGAGGAAGACGGUGGGAACAAGCCGAGGUUCCACCAUCAUGGCCAGGGCGGCGGUGCUCAGUACCCGGCCCCAAACCCCGGAAUGUUCUCGCCGAAAAGCGGGGGCAGCGCUAAUCAUGUGAAGAAGCCUAAUGGCCAGGCUCAAAAGGGUGAAGAUGGUGGGAAGGAUUUGCACAUGUUUGUCUGGAGCUCAAGCGCAUCCCCAGUUUCUGAUGUGUUUGGCAAUAACAACAACCAUGAUCAGUUUGGAGCUAAUGAACCAAAGGACGUGAGGCUGGCUGUUUCUCCUGGUAAAGUGGAGAAUCAGAGAGAGAAUCAAGAAGACUACUUGGAGAGGAACGAGUUCAGCUUCGGCAACAGAGAGAACGCGACCCACGAGGUUGUGAAGGUGGAUGAUGGGAAGCCCAAGGCAAUGCCUCCGAGCAGUGUGAUGACCAGGCUCAUCUUGAUCAUGGUGUGGAGGAAGCUCAUCAGGAACCCUAACACAUACUCAAGCUUGAUUGGCCUCACUUGGUCCCUGGUCUCAUUCAGGUGGAAUGUGGUGAUGCCUGCAAUUAUAGCAAAGUCCAUCUCGAUACUGUCAGAUGCAGGACUUGGCAUGGCCAUGUUCAGUCUUGGGCUGUUCAUGGCAUUGCAGCCGAGGAUAAUAGCAUGUGGGAAUUCUGUAGCAGCUUUUGCCAUGGCCGUGAGAUUCCUCACAGGCCCAGCUGUCAUGGCUGCUGCCUCCAUCGCUGUUGGCCUCAAAGGAGUCCUCUUGCACGUUGCCAUUGUCCAAGCAGCUCUUCCACAAGGGAUUGUCCCCUUCGUCUUUGCCAAGGAGUACAACGUGCACCCCGACAUUCUCAGCACAGCGGUCAUAUUCGGGAUGCUAAUUGCUUUGCCCAUAACCCUCGUCUACUACAUAUUCAUGGGCUUAUGAAGUGGAGCAGAUAGGGCAUGGAGGGAUGGUGACCAUCAAUGGGGAAGUUUCAAUGUUGUGGCUAUUCAUGGAGGAUAUGGCAAAUUCAGGAAUUAGUAGGCAGAAGGGAGGGCAAAAGGGGGAAGAUGAGAAUGCUUAAUGUUGGAAAUGUGUUGAACCAAAAAAGUGGGGGAAGUUGUAUAAUCAUCAUCUUGGUAGUCAAAGGUAGGUUGAAAGAAAAAGGUGGGUCGAUCUCUUAGGUCACUGUAAUUUUUCCUUGAUUUUCCAUUUUGGAUGAAUUUAUGCAGACAAAAGAGGGAAGUAGAAAAG